AUGAGUAGUACAGUAACAGCAACAAAAAGAAAUUAUCCUGAAGAAUUUAUUAAAUUCCUAAAUUCCUCUCCAACUCCAUUCCAUGCUGUUUACAACAUUAAAAAAAAAUUAGAAGCCAAAGGCUAUAAAGAAUUAAGUGAACGUGAAACUUGGAAUGGCUCUGUUAAAAAAUCAGGGAAAUAUUAUGUCACUAGAAACAAUUCCUCUAUUAUUGCAUUUCAAAUAGGUGAAAAUUGGAUCCCAGGUAAUCCUAUUGCUAUAACUGGUGCUCACACAGAUUCGCCCGUUUUGAAAAUCAAACCCAUCAGUAAACGUAAAAGUGAAGGUUAUUUACAAGUUGGUGUAGAGUGCUACGGUGGCGGAAUAUGGCACUCUUGGUUUGAUUCAGAUUUAUCGAUUGCUGGUAGAGUUAUGUGCAAAGAACAAGAUGGGGUAACGGUUUCUAAAUUAAUUGAUUUGAAAAGACCCCUCUUAAAGAUUCCUACUUUAGCAAUCCAUUUGGAUAGAACCGUUAACACUAAAUUCGAGUUUAACAAAGAAACUAAGCUAUUGCCUAUUAUAGGCUUAGAAAAUGAAGAAGAGAAGUCUAGCGCCGAUAGUUCCAAUAAUAAUGGUUGUUGUAACAGUGAUACAAAAUUAGAAUCCUCCCAAUUUAGCUCAUUACAAAACAUUAUUGAAAGACACCAUAAGGGUUUAUUAGAUUUACUGGUACAAGAACUGCAAUUGCCAAAUGUUGAUUCGAUUGAAGAUUUUGAAUUGAUUUUGUAUGAUCACAAACCAUCUUGUUUAGGUGGUAUCAAUAAUGAAUUUGUUUUUUCCGCUCGAUUAGAUAACCUUACUUCUUGUUUCACCUCCUUGUGCGCAUUGCUAGAGGCUUCGGAUGUUGAUAUUGAGAAUGAAUCUGGAAUCAGACUUAUGGCUUGUUUUGAUCACGAAGAAAUUGGUUCUUCUUCAGCGCAAGGUGCCGACUCCAACUUUUUACCAAAUAUUUUAGAAAGAUUAACUUUGUUAAAAUGUGAUGACACUGAUGUAACUUGUCCAUUGAAUAGAUCGUUGAUAUUAGAAUCUUCUGCUAAAUCUUUUUUUCUGUCAUCUGAUGUAUCUCACGGUGUACAUCCAAAUUAUUCAAGUAAUUACGAAUCUAAACAUAAACCGGCAUUAGGUGGUGGUCCAGUUAUAAAGAUAAAUGCUAAUCAGCGUUAUAUGACUAAUUCUCCGGGAUUAGCACUAGUUAAGAAAUUAGCUGAUGAUGUUGAAGUUCCUUUACAAUUAUUUGUUGUAGCCAAUGAUUCUCCGUGCGGUUCGACUAUUGGACCUAUUUUAGCUUCCAAAACUGGUAUUAGAACGUUGGAUUUGGGUAAUCCCAUUUUAAGUAUGCACAGUAUUAGAGAAACUGGUUGUGCUUAUGAUUUAGAAUAUCAAGUUAAAUUAUUCAAAUCAUUUUUCGAAAAAUAUUCUACUUUAGAAAAUAAAAUUAUUGUUUAA